AAAGUCAGCGAAGUAACUUGAAAAUAACCAUCAUUCAGUGAAUAUUUAUAAGGCAUAGGUAUUUGUUUUUCUGCAGCAUAUUGCGCAGAUCUGGUACGUGUUUAAUGAGACGAUUGAACAUCUUUCCCUCCAAAUUUUAGAUAGAGUCAUGAGCAAGAUGAGAACAAAUACUGACUUCAAAAACACCGACAUAGUUUCUAAGCUCAAAUUAGAAAUGGAAGACAAUAAGCUAACUCAGGAAAUGAAAAGACACGCUGUUAUCGUCGCUAUACACGCGAAUCACAGCGAUCUUGAAAUCUCCCGAUUUUUGAAAAUCGCCCGAUCUUUUGUUAACAAAGUUCGUCGAGAGUUAGAAGCAUCUGAUGGCAAUGUGGAAAGUGUUGCCAAGCGUAAAAAACAUGAAGCACGUUCUGAUAAAGUUAGAACAUCACAGUUUGUGCAGAAAGUUCAGGGCAUUAUUGAUGAAGACCCUUCAAAGUCCAUAAGGGCAAUAUCGAAAGAUCUCAAAGUUUCUGAGUGCACAAUUCGUCGCAUUAUCCACGAAGACAUCCGGUACAAGUCUUACGCGAUGCGUAGAGGUCAGUUCAUGUCUGCACAAACUCGAGAACAGCGAUUCAUUCAGGCACAAUGACUCCUAAACAAGUUAAAACAUCCUGAAAUCUCGGAUAUGCUCUGGUUUUUUUCUGACGAAAAAAAUUUUGAUCAGGAUCAAAAAAUAAACCGACGAAAUGAUAGAUGGCUCUGUGCAGAUCCUUCAGAUGUUCCUCGUGUUAUGCACACAAAGUUUCCGGCAACUGUCAUCGUUUUGUAUUUAAGCAUUUUCUCUUUUAUCAAAACAGGUUAAGGUCAGAGAAUCUUUGCAAUUGUUGCAGCCAUCAGUCAUGGACAAAGAAUACCUUGUUGCUGCGGGAAAAAUGCUUAGAUCAAUAAACAAACAAAUUAAGAAAUGUCACAUCAGAUAAAACAAAAUCAAAGCUUUCUGAUAAAUCCAAAGAGGAGACCAGUAAAGACAAGGCGAUACAAACAGCUUCCGAAGAAU